GCAAUACUAGUUACUGUGUAGCUACAGACACACCCAGUGUGUUCACACGGAGCUCACUCUACCCUAUAUAAUAAUGCUGAUCCUUUAACUGAGAGAUCGUCCCGACGGUUAAUGUCACAAUGGAGCUGGGACUCACAGGGAUAUUACUUCUGGUCACCUGUGUCACCCUCCUGAUUUACCUAAUCACAUGGAGGGGCAAAACGAAACCAGAAAAUGCACUCCCAGGGCCCAAACCAUUCCCCCUCCUGGGCAACAUUCUGGACCUCAACAUGACAGAAUUACCCCGGGACCUGGUUAAGAUGAGUAAGAUUUACGGACCUGUGUACGCACUUUCUCUCGCCGGUCAAAAUGCAGUGGUUUUUACAGGGUACGAUGCAGUGAAAGAGGCUCUUGUGGAUCACAGUGAUGUAUUUAGUGACAGGGGAAACAUGGGUCUCAUUGAAUUGUUGUUCAAAAAUUAUGGGAUCGUAGUGAGCAAUGGGGAGAGAUGGAAGACAUUGCGUAGAUUCUCGCUCACGACUUUGAGAAAUUUUGGAAUGGGGAAGAGAGGCAUUGAGGAGAGAAUUCAGGAGGAAGCUCGUUCUCUCGCAGAAGAAUUCAGAAAAAAACACGACACCCCAUUUGAUGCCGCACUCCUCGUGGGACAGGCCGUCUCCAAUAUAAUCUGCUCCAUUGUAUUUGGUGAGAGGUUUGACUAUGAAGACAAGGAUUUUAAGAACCUUCUACAAAGUUUCAGAGACCUCUUUUCACACAUUAAUUCAACCUCCGGACAGGUUCUUCAAGUGUUCCCAAAUGUUCUUCAACAUAUCCCUGGUCCUCAUCAGAAAGUUUUCAGAACCUUUGGCAAAUUAAAGCAGUUUGUAAUGGAUAAAGCAAAAUCACACCAACAGACUUUAGAUUCAAACUGCCCGAGGGACUUCAUAGACAGCUUCCUAAUAAAGAUGGAGGAGGAAAAACAUUAUCCAAACACUGAAUUUCACAAUGAAAAUUUAUGGGGAACAAUGUUGGACUUGUUUUUUGCUGGAACAGCGACCACAAGUACAACACUGAGAUACGGAUUCCUGAUUUUUCUCAAGUAUCCAGAGAUACAAGAGAAAGUGCAGAAUGAGAUUGACUGUAUAAUUGGAAAAGAUCGCAGUCCAUCAGUGGAGGACCGGAGUAAGAUGCCAUACACAGAUGCAGUGAUUCAUGAAAUCCAGAGAGUGGCUGAUAUUAUCCCAACAGGAGUGAUCCAUGCAGCCAGCAAAGACACAACUUUCAGAGGAUUUCACAUUCCCAAGGGAGCCUUACUAUUUCUAGUACUAUCCUCGGUGUUAAAGGACUCCAAGUACUUUACGAACCCCCAGGAGUUUAACCCUGGUCACUUUCUGGAUGAUAACGGAUGUUUUAAAAAGAAUGAAGCCUUCAUACCAUUCUCUGCAGGUAAACGUGUGUGUGCAGGGGAGGGUCUAGCUCGCAUGGAACUCUUUCUCUUCCUCACCACCAUCUUGCAAAUGUUCACACUAAAGCCGACAGUAGAUAAGAAUGAUAUUGAUAUCACACCUGAGCCAAAAACCAAUGGUGGAAGACCUCCAACCUACAUGAUGUAUGCUGUGCCUCGCUGAAAUUCCUUAAUACUGUGCCCAGCCCUUGGAACCAACCCUUUAGCAUUUUCUGUUUGUUUAAUAAUUACUGUGAAUUACCGUAAAUAAUGUUAGAGGAACAAAAUGUCUCUUUGUCAUUGAACAUUUGUGUGUUGUAUGUGCCUCUCUUUUUUGUGUGUCUGUGUGUGUUUUGUAUCCAAUAUUGAGAUGCAUGUAUUCCUAUAUAUAUGGGGCUGGGUUCCACUCUGCAGCUGACCAAUGAUAAUAAGAAAUCUAGAAAAUGCCAAGUUAGAUAUCUCAGCAGGUGUUUGCACCAAGGAUGGCAGUUUUCUAGGGAGCAUGUUUAGCUGA